AUGCAAGACCAAAACAGGUUAGAAUACGAAUUAAUACACUUUGGUAUUAACUAUUGCCAGGAAAUUGGAGAUCAGCACAAAAAAGCUGAUAACAUAAGAAUAGCUGAAAUGUGUUAUCAAGAUGCUCAACGAUUGGCAUCAGCACAAGUCGAGUACUUGAAGAAGAAACUUGAACAACAACGAACACAAGAAAGGAUACCAACACAAAUUAGUGAACAAAACGAACCAGAAGUAUCUGAUCAUCCAAUAUUAAACAGAGAAAAAAUCGGUUUGUCUCCUUCAAUGGACAUGUUAGCAAGUAGAUUAUAG